GUCCCUUAGUAGGCUAAGGCUGCUAUCAGCAUUUGGAUAUGUUUCUCGCUGUUUCUCCUCAGCUCGCCUAGUGAGCGACUCGAAACCAGUACGGAAACUUUGAGCGGUAGUUCGGAAGUCUCGCCAAUCUCUUCACUUUGUUUUCCUUGUUUGCCACACCAUGGCCCGCGGCUUCAAAUCCCCUACUGCUCAAGUACCACUGCCUAAAGUGUCAUUUAUUAUCGUCCAGGAUGAUGAUAUCAACCAACCUGCUGGAGUGCACGACCUACAAGCCAGAUCUUACGGAUACAACGACUUCACCGAAUUCCUGAGACCGGAUCAUUACAUUCGGUACAUUGAGCCCCUCGAGAAAGACCUUGCUAUUCAGGUUGAAUAUGACAUGGACGACCAAGACCAGGAAUGGCUUGACGCAGUGAACGUUGAAAGGAAGAAGGAUCAACUGAAUGUGGUUACGUACGAGACGUUUGAGAUUAUUAUGGAUCGCCUGGAGAAAGAAUACUUCGACUUGACCAAGAGUAUACCCAAAUCUGAUUAUGCUAUGCCUUCUGAGGAUUCGACUUGCGCCAUUUGUGACGAUUCCGAGGGAGAAAACAGCAAUGCUAUCGUAUUUUGUGACGGUUGCAACCUCGCUGUUCAUCAGGACUGCUAUGGAGUCCCGUACAUACCUGAAGGCCAGUGGUUAUGUCGCAAGUGCACCGUCUCUCCGGAGAAUCCAGUGUCAUGCAUACUUUGCCCAAACGAAGGGGGAGCGUUCAAACAAACGGUAUUCGGUGACUGGGCCCAUCUUCUGUGUGCCAUUUGGAUACCCGAGACGCGGGUGGCAAAUGAGGUAUUCAUGGAACCUAUCACUGGAUCUGAUAAAAUUCCGAAGCAACGCUGGAAAUUGAAAUGCUCAAUAUGUGGCAUUCGCGAGGGUGCAUGCAUCCAGUGUACAAAGAACUCAUGCUUCCUGGCCUUCCACACAACCUGCGCUCGCAAGGAAAGGUUUCUCAUGCCAAUGAAGAGCUCCCAGGGUUCUGAGCCUGGUACGCUGGCAUGUUAUUGUGAGAAGCACCUUCCUAAAGAGCAGCAAGACGCUCGCCUCAAAGCUCUUGCACAAGAUGGCCUGAUGACCAGCCCCAGUUCCAAGCUGUCCAAAUCUGCACGUGCAUAUGCCAAAACCUACAAGACCGGCCCACCGCUUGUGCCACACAUCAUUGUUGAACGCAUCCUGAAUUAUAUUACCAAGGUAAAUGUGCGCAAGAAAACCGAAUUUGUAUACAUGGUUUGUAAAUACUGGAGCUUGAAGCGUGAGGCGAGGCGAGGGGCGCCACUAUUGAAGAGACUGCAUCUCGAACCAUGGACAGCAUCAAACGCAGGGAAAGUACAGACGGAAGAAGAAAAGACUGCGAAACUAGAGCAUUUGAAACAUUUGCGCAGAGAUCUGGAGUCUGUUCGCGAAUUGGCACUACAAACUCGCAGACGGGAGAGCCGGAAGCUUGCACAGACUGAAAGCAUCCAGAAAGUGCUCGAGAUUGCACUCUUUCCUCACGAGGCACUACUCCGGCUUGCGUUUGAGAAAGUUCUUGCUCUUGAUCGCCACGGUCUCUUCAAGCAUCCGGUGUCAAGGACGGAGGUCCCCGACUACUAUGAUGUCGUGAAAAAGCCCAUGACUUGGGAUGCGAUUGAUGCGAAGCUUGACCGUCACGAGUACUGGGACCUCGAAGGUUUCAAGAGUGACAUCGAGUUAGUACUGUCUAAUGCAAUCCUGUACAACAAGCCUGGUACAUCGUUCUACAAGACCGCACAAAGAAUGCAAAUAAGCAGUCAACCCAUCCUUCAGGAACUCACUUCCCUCGCCUACAAUCACUCACCCCUUACUCCCCCUGAUUCUUCUGACUCCUCCGUUCUCUCCCAGAUGUCCAUCGGAGACCUAGAACCUUUGAUGGAGACACUCCAGCUACUAACGUCAACUCAAGACAUCCAAGAUAACGUCAAUCUUCUUCUUCAUUCCGAUCCCAUCUCAUCACUAUUCAACUUUGAACUUCCGCGCAUCAAGCCUCCACCGCCUCCUCCCCCAGCUCCAUCUCCCCCGCCGCCUCCCAAGUCCAAGGCGCCCAAAAAGAAGCGUCAUCUCAAGACCGUCGAACCUGGUCCUCUGGACACCUCCCCAGGUUUCCGUGCCCCGCGAACCCGCCGAGCUCAUGCGGCAGCCGCAGCUUUCGAGGCCGAGGCUGGCUUCGAACCCGAAUUUCAAUCUACUGCCGAACCUGAACUGGGAGCAAUUGAGAUCGAUCAGAAAGUGGCUUCUGAACCACCAAAGAAACGACGCCGGCAGAGUGCAAUGCCUGGGCAAGCAGAAACGCCACCCAUGGUCACAGAUGUAGACAGUCAGGGAUUAUUCAAAAUGUUCGAUGCCGGAUGGAUUUUACCGACGGGACAACGAAGGGGAGGACGUCAGCCUGUGGAGAGGGCUCCGCUUCCACCGAAGAAAAAGAAGAUGGAUCGUGGGACGUCGAGGUUGUCUGUAUUCAGCACAAACGCAUCGGAUAAUCAGACUCUGGACGAGAUUUCUGGACCUUCUGGCUUGUCCGUAGAAGAGAAAGCACAGGUGGAUGUCGAGUUUGGAGUAAUGUCCGAGGCAAGUGCUGGUGCCCUUGACAUGGAUGCACAGGCAGGCUUGGGCCUUGUCAAUGAGGAGAUGGUGGCAUCCAUAGCUCUCGAUAUUCCAGAGAAGCACCAGGAGGAAGAAAUGGAGAGGCAACUACAGCCAGAACCAGUACCAGAACCAGUACCAGAACCAGAACCAGAACCAGAACCUGAAGUUCAACUGCAGACAAUAAUUCAGCCGGAGGCCACAGAGUUAGAAGAGGACAGGGAGGAGACACGAUCAGAGUUAGAAGCGCGGAUAGCCAAGAUCCCCAUUCGACCAAACACGACGAUCAAUGUCGAGAAUGGGAAAAUUGUCGUGGAGGAACUAGACACGCCCAAACUUCGACGGGAAAAGGCAAGGCAGCGGAAGGCAGAAAAGGCCGCCGCCGCCGCCGCUGCUACUGCUGCUGCCCAAGGCCUUCCGCAAGCCAAAGUCGAGAUCCCGAAAACCAACGUCGGGACCACUCAAGAUGACGUCUCCGAUUUAUCUUCUCUGAGCGAGCUGGACAGUGAUACUGAUGAGAAACCUGUGGCACGGGGCAAUACGACUACAUCCAGUGCCAUACCCGAAGUAAAGCUCGUCGGAACGCGUCAACCGCAACGAGCGCCAGCCACUUUCGUUACCACAGGAAAAGCUCUUGUUGUCCUUGAACCGGGAAAGCAGUUAGAAAAUGGCACUCUUGUUUGGGCCAAAGCAGACACGUAUCCAUGGUGGCCUGCAGUUGUUUGGGAACCAGAUGACCCAAUGAUUCCAGAAGAUGUCAGGAAGAAGAGGCCUCAAGAUAAUUCACGUCAUGUCGUACAAUUUUAUGACCCCACGAUGUCAUGGACAUGGGUCGCCAUUGGCAACAUGUUAUUACUGGGUGAGGAUAAUGAGGUUGAUGCUUCUCUACUUUCGCCAACUUCGAUGGUUCAAAAGUGGAAAACACCCAGGAUUAAGAAGCAAUGUCGGGAAGCUUUCCAGCGCGCCUUGGCAGAGAUGGAAACGGCUGCGGAUAUACUUGCUCAUGAAAAGGAGGAUGUUGCGACGGAGGUCACAAGCUCUGGUUCUAUUAAGGAGCAAGGUUCUGCUCAUGUUGAUGUGGCUAUGUCGAUCGAGCAAUCAGGUUCAUGCCCGGAGGCUUCUCUCGGUAUUUAUGCAGAGACGAGGGAUUCAAUCAUUCAUUGGUGAAAGGCUGAUGUAUAUUAAAUUGAACAUUUGU